GCAUCUCUCGCGCAGAUCCGAACGAGGUGAGAAAUCCAUGGAAAUUUGGGGAUAAUCUCCGCUCGGUGGGCUUCAAAAGUUCGAAUUCCUCCCCCGAGCUCGUCGGCUCCGCAGUUUUUCUCUUCUUGAGGUUUUCUCGGAUCUAAAGCGCGGUUUUGUCGGCGCUUCCAAGCCACGAGGUUCUGUGCCUUCGAGCUCACUCCAUCCGGCCCCAAGAAAGCUCCCCUUCUCCCACCCACCGCCACCACUCAGGGGCGUAGCUAAGAGCUACUGAAGGCUGAAGCGGCGGCGGCGGUAGCGCCUCUCUCCCGUUCUCUCUGCCGUCUAGCCUCUGCGCUCACCGCCGGCCGCCCGGCCUGCCCCACCGCCCAACACCCACUGGCCGCGGCUACGGCCAGACGCCCGACGCUCGCCGCGGCACCGCCUGUGGUUGCGGCCAGCCACCCGCCGCCCCGUGGCCUGCCGGUCGACGCUCGCCUGCCCACUCAAGCGCCCGCGCGAUCGCGCCCCGCUGCGGCGUUGCACAUCGACCGCCGCCCCACCCACCCCCUCACCUCCUGCCUAGCUUCUUUGGCCAUACACGGCUGCGCCCUGUCACCCAGCGCUGCCCCACUGCCACCACUGAGGAGAGGGAGAGGAGAGAACUCUUCAUGGCCUCCUCCGUCACGCCCCGUGGCCCUUACCUGAAGAAGGAGAAUUUGGGGAACGCGCGGCGCGGGAUGGUGGGGGUCAAGCCGGGGCCGCGCCGCAACGUGCUGUCGGCAAUCAACAACGGCGGCGGCGCGAACAGCGAUACAGCGUCGGUCGACGGUGGCGAGGGCGGGGCCGGGUCGGUGGCGCCCGUGAUCGAGUUCACCGGGAGGGAGGAUGUAGAGCGGCUGCUCGCCGAGAAGAUGAAGGGGAAGAGCAAGACCGACUUCAAGGGGAGAGCUGAGCAGAUGAGCGAUUACAUCAAGAAGCUGAGAGCUUGCAUCCGAUGGUAUAUUGAGCUGGAGGACGACUACUUGGCCGAGCAGGAGAAGCUCCGUAGUACGAUGGAUGCAGAGAAUGCCCAGCACGCCGAGUUGGAGGCCCAGCUCAGCAGUGAUCUUGAAGAGCUGAAAUCUGCUCACUUGGAAUUGACGAGACGGUGCGAUUCCUUGGAGGAGAGCUUGAACCAGGAGAAGGCUGACAGGCUGUUUGCUGUGGAGUCUUAUGAGAAGGAGAAGCAGGAAAGAGAAUCAGCUGAAACGUCACGAGACUUGCUGACGGUAGACCUGGAAAGGGUCAGUCACGAGGCAAAACGGUUCAGUGAGCAACUAAAAAUGGUCCAAGACACGAACAAGAGACUGCAAGAGUACAACACUAGCUUGCAGCAAUACAACAGUAAUCUUCAAGCUGAUGCCUCUAAGAGUGGGGACAUCAUCUCAAAACUGCAAAAGGAGAAGAGUGCCAUGAUGGAAACAAUGGCUUCUCUCAAAGAUUUUAACAAUUCAAUGAAGAGCCAGUUGGAUUCUUCCAAGACAUCUCAGCAAGAGGCUAUUAGACUAAAAGAAGAAUUCAGGAAAGAAGUGGAGUGCCUUAGAAUUGAGUUACAGCAAAUUAGGGAUGACCGUGAUCAGUCUGUUGCUCAAGUAAAUACCUUAAGUGUUGAACUCGCUAAUUACAAGGAACUAGCAGGAAAGUCUACAAAAGAAUGUGAAAGCUUGAGUGUGAAAGUGUCAGCCUUUGAGGAAACAUGCAAUGCACAGAAAGAACAGAUUCAAACUUUGCAGAAACAACUUACAGUUGCAACAGAGAAACUGAAGCUUGCUGAUGUUACUGUGAUUGAGGCAAUGACUGGAUAUCAAGAACAAAAGGUCAAAAUAAAAGAUCUGGAAGAACGCUUGGCAUCUGCGGAAUUUCAAAUUGUUGAAGCUGACAAAUUACGAAAGAAACUGCAUAAUACAAUACUGGAACUGAAAGGGAACAUCAGAGUGUUUUGUAGGGUCCGACCGCUUUUGCAAGACAGUGAUUCUAGUGGUGCAGAAGAAGCCCUGAUUUCAUACCCCACAUCAGUUGAAUCUGCAGGGCGUGGUAUUGAUUUGAUGAACCAAGGUCAGAGAUUUUCCUUCUCAUAUGAUAAAGUUUUUGACCAUGGUGCUUCACAAGAAGAAGUGUUUGUGGAAAUGUCGCAGCUAGUUCAAAGUGCGCUCGAUGGGUACAAGGUAUGUAUAUUUGCAUACGGUCAAACAGGGUCUGGUAAAACCUAUACAAUGAUGGGCCAACCAGGUCGUGACCAGAAAGGCAUCAUUCCUCGCUCUUUGGAGCAAAUUUUUAAGACUAGUCAAUCUCUUGAAUCUCAAGGAUGGAAGUAUAGUAUGCAGGCAUCGAUGUUGGAAAUAUAUAAUGAGACAAUUCGUGAUUUGUUAGCUCCUGGUCGGUCUAACAACUUUGAAAUGUCUGCCUCCAAGCAAUACACCAUAAAACAUGAUCCACAAGGGAACACUACUGUCACUGAACUUACUGUAGCUGACGUUUUUAGUAGCGCUGACGUAACUUCUCUUUUAGCAAAAGCAUCCCAAAGCAGGUCUGUGGGUAGGACCCAAAUGAAUGAACAAUCUUCUCGGAGUCAUUUUGUUUUCACACUGAAGAUAUCUGGAUCAAAUGAGAACACUGGGCAACAAGUACAAGGUGUCCUUAACUUGAUUGAUUUAGCUGGCAGUGAACGCCUUGCUAAAAGUGGCUCCACAGGCGACCGUUUGAAGGAAACUCAGGCAAUCAAUAAGAGCUUGUCAGCUCUUAGCGAUGUUAUCUUUGCGAUUGCGAAAGGAGACGACCAUGUGCCCUUCAGGAACUCAAAACUAACGUACCUUUUGCAGCCCUGCCUUGGAGGUGAUUCAAAAACGUUGAUGUUUGUCAACGUUUCUCCGGAGGCAUCAUCUGUUGGUGAGACGAUUUGUUCGUUGAGGUUUGCUUCAAGGGUAAACGCUUGCGAAAUCGGUAUACCGAGGCGGCACACACAAGCCCGAUCCUUCGAUUCCAGGCUGAGCUAUGGCUGAAGCUGCUGUGGGCACUGUGAUGUAUGGUGGUGCUCUUUUGGCUGAAGCUGAUGCUGGCCGCUUGCUUCUUGUAACAUGUACAGUAGGAAGGAGAGUGGCACUGCGCUAGUGCGCUGUGAACAGAAGGGAAUACGCAUGCAUCCUACCAUGCUGUUUUCUUUCUGUUGUACUCUAGCCGAUUUGAGCAAAUAUUAACUGCAUUGCAAUGUA